UCCUCCCGUCACUUAAAUUCCUCCCGGAGUCAUUAUCAUUUGUUUUACUUUUUCUAAAACACAUACCUGGCGACUGCCCUUAUACCCUGUAAUUACCCCGUUCAUAAGAGAUAGUCCUAACCCUUUCAAUAAAAAAAAUAAUUACUGACUUCAAUUAUAUCCCUGCAAAACGUGAAAGAUAGAACCAUUACAGUCGGGAAAAUGUCGCAGAUGUCUCCGUUAGUUCGCCAGAUCCUUGCAUCAAUGUACAUCGGCCUUGCCAUCGCGUGCAUGAUGGCUACUUUGGCGUAUUCUGCAGUUGCUGUGCCCCAGAUGUCCUUACCUGACUCACCCAUAAAUUUUACAACUGAUGAAGCCAGUUGGUUCGCCACUGUCCCUCUGCUGAUCUGCAUCCCCGGGUCACUCGUGGGCGGGAUGAUGUGCGAGUGGCUGGGGCCGAGACGCCUGCUGCUCCUGCUGUCCCCUUUGCUGUGCGCGGCUUUCAUGCUCAUGAGGGCUGCGGUGUGGGAGGUCGUGAUGCAGGCCGGCUUAGCGGAAGUCUUGCUUCUGUCGUGCAGAGUCGUACAGGGAAUAGUGGUGGCCAUGCUGAAUCCAACGGUAUACAUGUACACAUACGAAAUGACUGACGCACGGAUAAGAGGCGCAAUGACAGGCCUCACCGAUUUUUGGACGACCUUUGGCUUUCUCCUGUGCUAUUUGUUCGGGUGCUUCUUUUCCUGGGAGGUGAUCGCCUGGCUAGUUCCUCUUCUUACCAUAGUUCCUUCUUUCAUCGGCCUCCUGUUCACUCCUGAAUCGCCAAUGUGGUUGGUGCGGAAGGGCAAAGAGCAAGAGGCCUUAACAACUCUCAUGAAGUUCAGGUGUUCCACAGAAGAGGUUAUCGAAGAAGUGAAAGCUGCGACGAAGACUUCAAACAAGGACGUUUCUUUCGCGCGCUCUCUGCAGGAAGUCAUGAAGAAGCCGAAUUUGUUGGGCAUGGUGGCCUCUGCGUUGCUGCUGGUAAUGAAGGAAAUGAGCGGAAAUUCGGGAGUCAUUAUAUAUAUUGUCCACAUUUUCCAGUUCGCAGGCGUAGGAUUGGACCCAAGCUGGAGUUCAGUGGUGGUUGGCUCAGUCCGGUUUUUGUUCAACGGUCUCUGCGCUUUCCUUGUAUACAACGUUCCUCGUAGAAUUGCCUUGGCCAGCGGCACAAUCCUCUCUGCCAUUGCAGCUACAAGUCUCGGCAUUUUCUUCUUCCUUCAGAGUAUAGAAUACGAUGUGUCUCAUCUCGGAUGGGUCCCCCUCGUCAGUCUCGUAUUUUACAUUAUCGGUUACGCUGGAGCGCAAGGGCCCUGCUGUUGGCUCACGUCAGUCGAAGUCCUGCCAGGUCCUGUGAGGUCCAUCGGCUGCGGCACCACCAACGCCGUCUACUCUGCUGUGGCGUUCCUCAUCUCCAAGAACUUCCCGGAUAUGCAGGCAGCUAUAGGCCUACAUGGCGUUUUCUGGUUCUAUGCAAGUUCUUCAGUUCUGAUUCUGAUCAUUGUUCUCGUCUUUAUUCCCGAAACUUAUGGCAUGUCCUUGAAAGAUGUCGAACGAUAUUGGGAAAACGUCUCAGCGUCAAAGAAGGAAAAGGAAAAGUGUGAUUCUGCAAAAGUUGAUGAGCCAGUUCGUAUAGAUGUAGAGAAAUAUUAAAUGAUAAACAGUUAAAGUUAAACCUUAUCAAUUUUGACAAAUAAUAUAAAUCGUAUACGAAAUAUUCAUCAUACAAAUCACUAUGUAUCCCAGAGAAUUUGAUUUAAAAAAAAAAAAGGUUCCAUGAUAUAAGGUAGAUUCGUAAUCCAUCUACCAAAGGAAAUUCAGGUAAUUCUGAUCAAAGUAUCUUUUCAACAUAAAUCCAUUUUUUAUCGGUUUUCGUAUAAUAUCAUCACCAAAGUUGUUAUCAUACUUUAUUUACUAUACUGUUAACUUUGUUAUAGGACUACUGCUACUUCCGCCACCAUCACUCUCUCUCAAGAUGUCCAGCGUCACUAUCAUCUGCUAUAUUGCACUAUCGUUAUAUUUGUAUAGAAAUACAGUGUUGCCAUUAUUGUCACAUGUUGACGCGUAUUAUUUUAUGUGGAAAUUUCUUAAAAUGUUCUUACUAAAUUGGGCUGUUUGCUAAACUCAGUUAAGUUCAUUUUUGCAUUAUAGUUUGGAUACAACUUAUAACUUAUUUUUUUUUUUACAAAAUAAAUAUCAAUGAAUACGAACAAACUUUUAAUUGUAAUUUUUUUCUUUGAUUAAUUAAAGUCUUGUCAUUUUUUAAUCAGAAUUUGACAAUACUUGUCUGUCUAUUACAAACACCUGGCAUAUCAUUUGUUUUGGUAGUCUGACGUUGACAAAUCAUAUGCACACGUAGGGAAAUAAUAAGGCAGGCUACCCAUGGCUGUCGAUAAUAAAGUUAUCUGUGUAUUUGAAGUUACUGAACAAGAUCCAAGACACUCGACCUCAAGUCCAUCCUUGCACAGUCUGCAACCAUAGCAGAUGCGGCUCACACAACACCCCAAUCCGAGAAGCAACUUUUAAAUCGACUGAGGCUUUACCUUGUCCAGCCAGUAAGACGCACAGGAAUAAA